CAUACUAUUGCCACUGUUUCUUGUUAUAUACUGACCAUCAACGAACGUGAUCUAACGGAGUUUCACUGCCAUUAGGGUCCAUAAGGGGGCAUGCCGUAAAGAUGGUUGGUUAUAUAGUUUGGCAAUGCAAGGGUGUGCUCAAACAUUUUUCUAAUUUAGUUUCAAACCCUUUGGCACAUUGAGCCGGAAGCAUUAAAUGCUGAUUCAGUGGAUUACCAAUGCAGCAAAUCAUCAUCAUUACCCAAGGUAUCGGUCACAUCACAUUGGCCUUAGGGCUCUAUAAAAGGAAGGCAACGAGGAGAAAAUGUGAUCCAUGUUGUAGCGAAGAGGCCUUCCCUUGAAAAUAUCCUUAUCCCUAGGACACAUCCUCCUCUGUAGUAGAACGUGCAGCGGCACAAAUAGAAGUGUCACAAAGUGCGGGAGUCGAUCCGGAGCAGCCCUGCCUAACGUCAGAGCUUCAACCUCCUGGCAACAUCGACGAACCCAACUGGAAAAAUGAUGCUGAUGAAACGAAGGCCUUGAAUCUUGACCUAAUGAUGGAGGUGCCCCUCCUUAAUACGGCGUCCCCGGCCAACAUUUUUGUUGAAGAGUUCAUUCCGCCUUCUGCGUAUAAGUCACCUCCCCAAGCUCCGCUCGAGCUGUUACUAUUGCAGAGUAUAGAGGCACGCUUGAUGGCCAUUGAGCAGUCGGUUGGAAUGCUUGAUAUUAGGGCCGCCCGAACGGAGGCUCUCAUUGUGUAUAUCAAGACGAUGAUAUCCACGUUAUGUAAGAAGGAGGAGAUUUUUCAGAUGAUACCUACUCCAAAGGCACAACUCCAUAAUGAAGCCACGGAGAAGAAAACACCGCAGGCGCCUAACACUCCUGGAGGUGUUGGCAGCGCUGCUGCAGUUGUCUUGAACAACAGCAAAAACGAAGCAUCUGCUCAGAUGUUCACCCAUCAGCUAAGCAGUUCAGAAAAGGGUAAGGGAAUCUUGGGUGACCCCAUCACGAACUUGACCCUCGACGUUGUUGUCCCGGAUUCUUCAGGUUCGGAGGAUGAUCUCGUUCUGCUUGACCACCAUUCUUCAAAAGCCGUACUAUCCACUGGUGCAACACUAAUCCUGACCGAAGCACCAGCCAGCCUUCACUGGUCGCGUGGGGUUCCAAAAAUUUGGAAUGACUCCAAGGAUGAGCCAUUUACAGCAUGCAAUGCCACUGUACAGAGAACAACGGUCGGAAGGGAUCUCGACAGCACGACUCAGCUGAGUGAUCUCUAUGCAUCUUCCGAGCCAGGUCCUAGGCGCCAGAAGACGUCGCGGUUGUCGACGUCGGACUUGGCUGCAACAGCCCUUCACGAUGCCUCCAUGGGCUCCCCUCCGAAGACCCAUUCCAACUCCGUGCCACAGACACGACCUCUGUUUCGGCGUGGUGUAAGGGGGGGUCGGGGACGCAUUCCGCCGCCGAACUUGGACAACCCGGUUUACCAAAUCCCUAAGAAUUUUCCCAUGUGGUUCAGGCCCACUGCCGAUAUGAGUCUCACCAGGGACGAGUGCCGCCUUGGGAUGUAUAUAUUUGCCAAGAAUGAAGAAAUAGGGGAAUCAGAGAUCUUAUUUAAGCAUUACGAACUAACCCUGCCCCGGGGAAAGUUCUUAUCCCUUAGGCCGGAAUGCAUGCCCCACUUUGAUGUGAUCAACACUGUUGCAAUGCUUUCGUCUCUACAAGCCAAGGCAAACCCUAUUCCGCAUUGCUGGUUCUUCCCGUCAACAUUUGCCGCAGAGAUCUUGUUCCAAGCUCCGACGGAACAUUUACUUGAGAGCUACGCGAGACGAUGGAUGCCACCAACCCAAGAACUUGAGCAUGUGUUUGUACCCAUUUGCGAGCCACCUGAGAGUUGGUACAUGCUAUUGUUGGAUGUAAAGAGAACCACUAUUUAUGCGCUUGAUGUUUGCACAAGCAUGGAGUCCGUUCCCAGGCGUGAGCGGAAUAUGCGCCUUAUAAUGGCUGUCCUCGGCAAGAUUUUCAAACAUGAGCAGAAUCUGCCUAACUUUAAACAUGUGUCACCGGACCCCAACACGUGGGGACGCAUUGAAUACCCGAUGAGCAUUCCGAGCAGGCUAGGCGCGGAUGAAUCCGGAAUAUGGUGCAUUUGGUGGAUGUCUCACAAUGGGCGAUUCUCCCCAGCUAUCCUAGGCAACCUUGGUGAUGAGGCCACAUUGAGGAUGAAAACAGCAAUCAGGAUUGCCGGAUCCGACUACAGCGAGCUUAAGGCGCUUGUGGACCUCAAGGCGGAGACGGUGUGGCGGAGUCUUCCGUUUGUUCCCUAAUUACUAGGAUAGUUACAUGGUUUUAUGUGAAUGAAGUUGGGAUCCAUUUACAAGGCCCAAUUAUUUUGAAAGUACUUGUUGAUGUUAUAUAUUUCUAAUUCCAGACUUUAGUAUUUGUACUCUACUUGUAUUAUUCCGGUGGUCAACUUUGGUUAUGAACCCUGCCGGGUAGCAAAUGCUCUUACUAUGUACCCAGCUGUUAUUGUUAAUUAGCAUGAUGACUUGUGUAACAAUGUAAGUGGGAACCGUUAAGCAGGUCCAUACAUUUUUAAUUUAAUUGUUGCUGUUAUGUAUUGCUAUAUCAAGGCUUUAAUGUGUAAGGGUUGAACUCUGGUUCCAGAUGGUUUCUA